AUGAAGCUGUCUUCUUCCUCCUCGCUUACACGCACCAUGGUAAUCCUGGCCAUCGUAUGCUGCCGUUGCUCCGUGCUGGUGCCUAGCUCUGCCGCCGACAAAGUUGGAGACGAGACUAUGGAGGGGCGGCGGCUAGGGGCCCGCAAACCAAAGUUGCCUCCUCCGAUGCUCACGGGUAACAAGCAGAUCCAUAUGGCGCCUCCAUACGAAGUUGGUCAGCAGCCUGGAAAGGGGGGAGGGCCACGAGAUGUCCAUGGAGGAUUAGGGACUAUGCCGCAGCUGGGGCUGGCAGUUGGUCAGCAGCCUGGAAAGAAGGGAGGGCCACGAGAUCAUGGAGGAUUGGGGACUAUGCCGCCGCUGGGGCUGGGGGUAUAUGGCGCGGUUGCAAAUCACAUGACCGCAGCGCGUCCAUAACGACACUGCACGCCGGCAGCUCCCUGAUGCACACUUAAUUCCGUAGCCGUUUAUUUAGCUCUGUUGGUUCAGUACUUAGCAAAAUAAGAAGGCCCUGCUGCGUGAGACAUGUUCACGACUUGGCCUGGGUUUUAUGUCAUUGCAUGUAGAGUUGAAAUCGCUGCCAUGGUAGCUACGUGGGAUGGCACGAGAUCUAGCGAUCGUGGCAGCUUUGUAAGGGCCGAUCGAGGAGUGAGUGGCUUUGGGAUGGCAUGGCCGUAAAGCUUGGUCCAAUGCAUAAGUCUUUCUCGAAGAAUUUCUGCA